GAAUUAAUUAUAACAUAGGUAUACCACGUUUCCUUAAAAUAAUUAAUUUACGUUAACAUUCGGUGAAGUGAGCGCUUCGCUAUUUUUUUAAAAUACAUUUAUUUAAUAAAAGGACAGGUGACGUCACUAUUAUGCGACAACUAUUUGCGACACCAGAGCCAGGCAGCUUCACCUUACAAGAAGCAUUUAAGUUCACUUUUCAAAGAUUCCAAUCUUGAGUCCAGAUGACGGCCUCCACUCAGAGGACGGUGUUGUCGCUGUACAGGCGGGCGUUUCGCAUCGCACGAACCUGGCAAGCCCAGAGCGGGGUGGCAGGUGACACCGCCGCCGAGAGGAAGUAUAUCAUUCAGGAGGCCCGCACUCUGUUCCGACAGAACCAGCAGAUGACCGAUCAAGGCGCAAUCAAGAAAUGUAUUGAGGAAUGUGAAGCGAGGAUGGAAAUAGGUCUACAUUACAGGAUUCCAUAUCCAAGGGCUACAUAUCUGCCGCCUCUGGGACUGGCCACUCAGAAAGGGAGGAAGCUGCGAGCGCAGCAGCGUCUGAGGAAGCAGGCCAAGCCAAUUUAUUUAGAAUCGCACAAAGAGACCUGACGGUCUCGGUCCGCAGGAACUCUAGAGGGCGGCGUCGCCAGCCGAUCUCGCUUGGGGCUGACGCGUCAGUGGCCCCCGCGGACCGAGCAUUCAUCGCCAUCGAGACGCUUCCAGUAUAUUUUAAUUAUCUUUUCUUAACAUUGUCAUGCUGUGCCAUGUCACAAACGAGUAUGUAUUAUAUAUAUAUAUUUGCAAUUAAUUUAUUGUUUUUGUAAAGGCACUAUUA